AUGUCUGUCCCUGCCUUCUCUGACAUCUCCAAGUCGGCCAACGACAUUUCCCGCAGCCAUGAAGCUAUUCGCCAUCCCCAUGGCGGACUGCUGCGACAUCUGCAAGAGAAGACGCAAUCCGCUGACCGUGCACCACCAUUGCAGCUGCUGAACAAGGACUUCUACCACCUGUCCGCCGGCACCAUCGAGGUCAAGAGCAACACCCCCAACAACGUCGCCUUCAAGGUCACCGGCAAGAGCAGCCACGACAAGGCCACCAGUGGAAACUUGGAGGGAAAAUACACAGACAAGUCGCUCGGUAAAUCACCCAUCAGCUCCUCUUUCUCCUCAGAGUCUUCCCGCACCAGCUCCAAAGGCAGCGCGCACUACAAGAGAUCGAGAAAAAAACCAAGCUCCCUCUCAUGUUCGAUAUCGCGCAUCACGGUGCCCGGUCCGCGCGCCUGGCCCCUCGAGUUUGCCUUGUUGUUUCGCGAUAAUCAGCCCCCGGCUUUGCUAACCACGUGUCGGCGCGUUCUCAAAACAGGCCUCACCCUGACCCAGACAUGGAACACCGCCAACGCCCUCGAGUCCAAGGUCGAGCUGGCCGACAGCAUCGCCAAGGGCCUCAAGGCUGAGGGUGUCUUCAGCUUCCUGCCCACCUCCCAGAGCCGUGGCGCCAAGCUCAACCUCCACUUCAAGCAGAACAUCUUCCACGGCCGUGCCUUCUUCGACCUGCUAAAGGGCCCCAUUGCCAACGUUGAUGCCGUCGUCGGCCACGAGGGCUUCUUGGCUGGUGCCUCCGCCGGCUUCGACGUCAACAAGGGCGCCCUGACCGGCUACAGCGCCGCUCUCGGCUACACCGCCCCCGUCUACACUGCCUCCAUCACUGCUACCGACAACCUGAGCGUCUUCGCUGCCUCCUACUACCACAAGGUCAACGGCCAGGUCGAGGCUGGUGCCAAGGCCACCUGGAACUCCAAGACCGGCAACGCUGUCGGCCUCGAGGUUGCCAGCAAGUACCGCCUGGACCCCGUCUCUUUCGCCAAGGCCAAGAUCAACGACCGUGGUGUCGCUGCCGUUGCCUACAACGUCCUCCUCCGCCCCGGUGUCACCCUCGGUCUCGGUGGCUCUUUCGAUACCCAGAAGCUCGACCAGGCCACCCACAAGGUUGGUGUCAGCUUCACCUUCGAGGGUUAA